UCACGGAUUAUGAACCUUGCGCAAGAUUGCCUAAGAGAUCAAGCUGGCGUAACGGUUACAACAGAGAGCCAGCAGCAGAUCGAACUUGGGAAAAGAAUGCGUGGUAAAGAAAGGGUGAGAAGGAAGGGGAUGGGGAAGAGAAGGAAAGGUAUUGAUCCAAUGGAAGACUAUGGUGGUAGUGAAGAUGAAUCACAGUUUGGACCUGUGGUUGAGGUUGGUGAAAUGCAUUUACCACUUACGCAUACAAAUUCAGUGUAUGAUGAAACACAUCUGUAUGAUCCUGUCACCAAAGUUGAUGACAUGGAGCUUUGCGACACCAUCCCUCAAUUGCCCGAGACUCAAGACAUCAACAAGAUUGACGGGUCAUUGCUAGACGAUGCAGACAAGUCUUUUGAGGACAGUAAGUUACAUGAAGAAAUUGAUACAACUAAUGUUAUGACUGGCGAGGAGCCAACCGAGAGCAUGGCGGAACUCCCCGAGGGCUAUGAUGUGAAGAAAGAAGAUAAAGAGUCAAAGGUUGAAGAUUAUGAUGCAGCAAAGGAAAUAAUUAGUGAUGUUAGCGGUGAUGAAAACGCCAACAGAGAGGAAGAAGAUGGAACAGAGAUGGGAGAAAGUGUUGCAGAUUCGUCUCCUCUCGAAAGAAGAGGAGCGAACACUAUGGUGGCUUGAAAACAGUUGGUUUCAUCUCAUCUAUUUAACCAAUGUGAAUCUCUCUGCCCUGUCUAUCUCUUGAGUUGUUGAGAGUUAUGGAACUGAAAGAUUCAAUGAGAGUUAUGGCCGCAGAGGAACUUAAGUUUAGUUUUCUGUUUUUUUUUCUUUUUCUUUCAACUUAUUUCGUUUGUUUUCUUAAAGUACUGUCUUUUGUUUUAGAAGUAUGUUUAAUCAACUAUCUGUAGAAGAGGUUACAGAAAUGGAUGGAAGAAGCAUGAAACAUCAGUAUUCUGAUAUAGUGAUUAGUGUGACUCUGAUUAUAGUAAUUUAGUA